AUGAAUACAAGAGGCGGGGGUUGGCUGAGUCGACUGUUGCCCCGUACGGCUGAGGGCCGGCUAAAUGACAAAACAGUCAGAGAUUUGGCUAAACUACGGGCGUUGGGCUUUGAUGUGCACAAAUUUGAGCAUGGUGAGAAAGCAGGAGAGGGCGCCUAUAGCAAGGUGUUUAUGGGCGCCUAUACGGGACAGAUUGGAAGCACAGCCGCCACCCGGAGCCGAUACCUGGCGGGGGUAAAGUCGGGAGAGAUAUUUGCCGCCAAGUAUGUACAGUUGGCACACGACGCCCAACCCCUCGACCACUUGUGCCACAUCGUCGAGAAGGGUAUUAUCAAAACUCUCAAACAUCCAAACAUUGUGUCCUUCAGAGUGAACAUCAAUUUAGGUCAACGAGUGAUACUCCGGCCGUUGGUGUCGGCCUACCAAUUGCCAGAUAUUGUCUCCUAUAGGCGCAUGUUUUUGAUCAUGGAGUACGGCGACCAGGGUAGUUUGGAUGCGUUUACCAAUAAUGGUAAACUCAACGAUCAGUUAACGGUGCAAUUCACUGGCGAGUUGUGCUCAGCCAUGGCUUACAUGCACUACAACGGUGUCGCGCAUCUGGACUGUCAUGUAAACAACAUAAUGGUGUUCAGCGCACCGGGCGGUCAGUUUACAGUGAAAUACAUCGACUUCGGUCUGAGCCUGUCGUGUCCGCUAUACGCCAAGUUGGGCGUACAGGUGUGGGGCAGUGAGUGGCGCAAAAUGGCCAAGAUGGACAUGUCGGACCUAGUUCAUGUGUUGCAUUACAUGCUGGACAAGUGCCGUAGGAAUCGGUUGAAUACCGGCGCCGACCUGAGUCAGGUGAGGGCUGUGGCCCGCGAGCUGUUGAACACAAAGAAGCACAUGUUUGAUGUGAUCAAGAAUAUGUCCGACACACAUGGGAAUCAACCGCAGAGACCAUUGUCCGGCACCGGGCGAUGGGUGCAGACAUCUCAACACACGGGCGUUGUCACUACACAACCAACAAGCGCUUGGCUGCCGCCCACACCUACCACUCCGUCUACAUCUGCGAGACAUCCCGGUGUCGGUCAGCAGUUAUUUUUCUACAACAGUCCCAGUGCUGUUUUGGCUCAACCAUCGCCCCCUCCCGGAGCUCAAACACCCGCCAGCGCUGUCACACCGACAAGUUUGCCAUCUGAUAGGCACCCGAGUUGGACAGGCAGUGAAUCAGACACAAGUACUACACCAUCGCUCCCACCCUACCGACGACCACGAAGGGUGGCCUUACCCGGCGGUGUCGCACCGGUCAUGACAGGGCAACACCCGGUACCUGUAUGGGCGCCCGCUACCCACUACUUACCGCCAAUCAAUCGUCUCGAUCGCCUGUACGAUAUGGCGCCCCGAGGCUAUGAGCCAACCCAUGCUUUCCCGGAUCAGAGCCAAUCCGGUGAAGUGCACGUCAGUAGCGGCGGUGAGUACAGCGGUUGGUUGGGAGGUCUGGUGCCCACCCGUACCGGUUACGCAGCGUUGAGGGUUAAGACUGAGCGCGAUGUGGCCAAAGUACGUGAGUUGGGCUUUGAUAUUCAUGUUGGCACAGGUAGGGAGAUUGGCGAGGGAAUGUUUAGCCAGGUAUUUUCCGGCACUUACACCGCACAGAUAAGCGAAUUUCAAAGCACUAGACAGGGCAGGCGCCUGACCCAUGUACAGACCGGGCAAAAGUUUGCCGCGAAAUACGCUCAGUUGGCUAGCGAUGUCAAUCCACUUGAGUACAUGUGCCAUAUCAUCGAGAAGGCUGUGAUGAAAACGCUGAGCCAUCCAAACAUUAUGGCCUACAGAGUGGUCAUUAAUAUUGGCCACCGAGUGAUACUUCGCAAUCUAGCGGGCAAUCAAUCGCCCGAUUACUUGGGCUAUAGGCGGGUCUUUUUGAUCAUGGACUUUGCCGACCAUGGCCAUUUGCUCUACUUUGUCGACCAACACCGUAAACUCACCGAUCAAUUAACGGUUAGAUUCACCGGCGAGUUGGGCUCAGCUUUGGGUUAUAUGCACGCCAAUGGUGUGGCGCACAGCGACUUGCACUACAAAAACAUACUGGUGUUUAGCGCACCGGGCGGUCAGUAUACGGCCAAAUUGACCGACUUUGGUCUGAGCAUAAUCGCUAGACAUGUCCGGCCAAUGGUCACACAUAUCUCAUACACCGGUCAUUGUAUAUUUCUGGAGCACAUCCCAGGGCGGUUGCCGGGCGUCAGACAACUCAUUGACCAAGUCGUCGAGAUGUGUCAAAUCGAUGCCAUCGUUCAUAUAAUUGUUGCUACACUUACACCACUGCCCGGCACCGGGCGAUGGAUGCAGACAUCUCAACACACAGGCGUUGUCACUACACAACCAACAAUAGCUUGGCUGCCGCCCACACCGACCACUCCGUCCACAUCUGCGGGACAUCCCGGUGUCGGUCGUCAGCUAUUUUCCUACACCAGUCCCAGUAUUGGUUCAACUCCUCCCGGAGCUCAAACAUCCGCCAGCGCUGUCACACCAACAAGUUUGCCAUCUAAUAGGCGCCCGAGUUGGACAGGCAGUGAAUCAGACACAAGUACUACACCAUCGCUCCCACACUACCGACGACCACGAAAGGUGGCCUUACCCGGCGGUGUCGUACCGGUCAUGACAGGACAACACCCGGUACCGGUAUUGGCACCGCCUACCCGUUAUCUACCGCCAAUCAAUCGUCUCGAGCGCCUGUACGAUGUGCCGCCUCGUGGCUAUGAGCCAACCCAUGCCCUCCCGGAUCAGAGCCUAUCCGGUGAAGUGCACGUCAGUAGCGGCGGUGAGUACAGCGGUUGGUUAGGAGGCCUGUGUCCCACCCGUACCGGUACGGCACGGCUGAGGGCCAAGACUGAGCACGAUGUGGCCAAAGUACGUGAGUUGGGCUUUGAUAUUCGUAUUGCCACCGGUAUGGAGGUUGGCGAGGGAAUGUUUAGCCAGGUGUUUCCCGGCACAUACACCGCAAAGAUUGGAGAAUUUCAAAGCACUAGACAGGGCAGGCGCCUGACUCAUGUCAAGCCGGGACAAAGGUUUGCCGCGAAAUACGCUCAGUUGGCCACCGGUUUCAAUGCGCUUCCAUACCUGUGCCAUAUCAUCGAAAAGGCUGUGAUGAAAGCGCUGAGCCAUCCAAACAUUAUGGCCUACAGAGUAGUCAUUAAUAUCGGCCAAAGAGUGAUACUUCGCAAUCUAGCGGGCAAUCAAUCGCCCGAUCAUAUGGGCUAUAGGCGGGUCUUUUUGAUCAUGGACUUUGCGGACCAUGGUCAUUUGCUCGAUUUUGUCUACCAAGACAAUAAACUCACUGAUCAAUUGACUGUGAGAUUCACCGGCGAGUUGGGCUCAGCUUUGGGUUAUAUGCACGCCAAUGGUGUGGCGCACAACGACUUGCACCACAAAAACAUACUGGUGUUUAGCGCACCGGGCGGUCAGUAUUCGGUCAAAUUGAUCGACUUUGGUCUAAGCGUAUCGCCCGCCAUUUACGGCCAAUUGGGCGUAAAUGUGCCCCAAAGUGAGUUCAAUCAGAAAGUGAGCGCCGAUUUAAUCGAGCUCAGGACUGUUGUGAAUUUUAUGACGUUCAAUUGCCGCAACAAUCCGGGUAAUGUGGCCGCGGAUUUGAGCCAGGUGGAAAGUCUCUCAAACGAGUUGUUUACAAUGCAAGAGCCGUUGUUGGAUGCGCUCAAAAAAGAAAAAACAUGUCCGACAGGUAUGGGAACUAAUGUGAGGGAAGACUACAACAAAGCGUUGACCCGUCGACCCCAUCGAGUCCCGGCCAAUGGUCACACAUAUCUCAUACACCGGGUGCUACACAUCCCGGAGCGGUUGCCGGGCGUCAGACAACUCAUUGACCAAGUCGUCGAGAUGUGUCAAAUCGAUGCCUUCGUUAAUAUAAUUGUCAAACACACAGACAUGUCUGAUACAUAUGGGAAUCAACCGCAUACACCACUGCCCGGCACCGGGCGAUGGGUGCAGACAUCUCAGCACACAGGCGUUGUCACUACACAACCAACAAGGGCUUGGCUGCCGCCCACACCUACCACUCCGUCCACAUCUGCAGGACAUCCCGGUGUCGGUCAGCAGUUAUUUUCCUACAACAGUCCCAGUGUUGGUUCGGCUCAACCAUCGCCCCCUCCCGGAGCUAAAACACCGGCCAGCGCUGCCACACCAACAAGUUUGCCAUCUAAUAGGCACCCGAGUUGGACAAGCAGUGAAUCAGACACAAGUACUACACCAUCGCUCCCAACUUACCGACGACCACGAAGGGUGGCCUUACCCGGCAGUGUCGCACCGGUCAUGACAGGGCAACCCCCAGUGCCGGUAUUGGCGCCCCCUACCCACUACUUACCGCCAAUCAAUCGUCUCGAUCGCCAGUACGAAGUGGCGCCCCGCGGCUAUGAGCCAACCCAUGCCCUCCCGGAUCAAAGCCUAUCCGGCGAAGUGCACGUCAGUAGUGGCGGUGAGUACAGCGGUUGGUUGGGAGGUCUUUGUCCCACCCGUACCGGUACCGCACGGUUGAGGGCCAAGACUGAGCGCGAUGUGGCCAAAGUACGUAAGUUGGGCUUUGAUAUUCGUAUUGGCCAUGGUAGGGAGAUUGGCGAGGGAAUGUUUAGCCAGGUAUUUCCCGGCACUUACACCGCCAAGAUACAAGAGUUGCAAAGCACCAGACAGGGCAGGCGCCUGACCGGUGUACAGCCGGGGCACAGGUUUGCCGCGAAAUACGCUCAGUUGGCUACCGGUUUCAAUGCGCUGCCAUACCUGUGCCAUAUCAUCGAGAAGGCUGUGAUGAAAGCGCUGAGCCAUCCAAACAUUAUGGCCCACAAAGUGGUCAUUAAUAUCGGCCAACGAGUAAUACUUCGCAAUCUGGCGGGCAAUCAAUCGCCCGAUUACAUGGGCUAUAGGCGGGUCUUUUUGAUCAUGGACUUUGCCGACCAUGGCCAUUUGCUCUACUUUGUCGACCAACACCGUAAACUCACCGAUCAAUUGACGGUGAGAUUCACCGGCGAGUUGGGCUCAGCUUUGGGUUAUAUGCACGCCAAUGGUGUGGCGCACAACGACUUGCACUACAAAAACAUACUGGUGUUUAGCGCACCGGGCGGUCAGUAUACGGCCAAAUUGACCGACUUUGGUCUGAGCGUCUCGCCCGCCAUUUACGGCCAAUUGGGCGUAAAUGUGCCCCAAAGUGAGUUCAAUCAGAAAAUGAGCGCCGAUCUAAUCGAGUUUAAGUAUGUUGUAGAUUUUAUGGCUCACACUUGUCGCAACAAUCCUGGUAAUGUGGGCGCGGAUUUGAGCCAGGUGAAAAGUCUUGCAAACGAGUUGGUCACACUGCAGGUGCCGUUAUUGGAUGCGGUCAAAAAAAAAAAUAGCAAACACACAGACAUGUCUGACACAUAUGGGAAUCAACCGCAGACACCACUGCCCGGCACCGGGCGAAGGGUGCAGACAUCUCAGCACAAGGGCGUUGUCACUACACAACCAACAAGUGUUUGGCUGCCGCCCACACCUACCACUCCGUCGACAUAUGCAGGACAUCCCGGUAUUGGUCAGCAGUUAUUUUCCUACAACAAUCCCAGUAUUGGUUCGGCUCAACCAUCGCUGACUCCCGGAGCUCAAACACCCGCCAGCGCUGUCACACCAACAAGUUUGCCAUCUAAUAGGCACCCGAGUUGGGCAGGCAGUGAAUCAGACACAAGUCCUACCCCAUCGCUUCCACUCUACCGACGACCACGAAGGGUGGCCCUACCCGGCAGUGUCGUACCGGUCAUGACAGGGCAACACCCGGUGCCGGUAUUGGCACCCCCUAACCCUUACCUACCGCCAAUCAAUCGUCUCGAAGGCCAGUACGAAGUGGCGCCCCGCGGCUAUGAGCCAACACAUGUGGUCCCGGAUCAGAGCCUAUCCGGUGAAGUGCACGUCAGUAGCGGCGAUGAGUACAGCGGUUGGUUGGGAGGUCUGGUGCCCACCCGUACCGGUAUGGCAGCGUUGAGGGCAAAGACUGAGCGCGAUGUGGCCAAAGUACGUGAGUUGGGCUUUGAUAUUCAUAUUGGCACCGGUAGGGAGAUUGGCGAGGGAUCGUUUAGCCAGGUGUUUCCCGGCACUUACACCGCACAGAUACGAGAAUUUCAAAGCACUAGACAGGGCAGGCGCCUGACCCAGGUACAGCCGGGGCAAAGGUUUGCCGCGAAAUACGCGCAGUUGGCCACCGGUUACAAUGCGAUUUCAUACCUGUGCCAUAUCAUCGAGAAGGCUGUGAUGAAAACGCUGAGCCAUCCAAACAUUAUGGCCUACAAAGUGGUCAUUAAUAUCGGCCAACGAGUAAUACUUCGCAAUCUAGCGGGCAAUCAAUCGCCCGAUCAUAUGGGCUAUAGGCGGGUCUUUUUGAUCAUGGACUUUGCCGACCAUGGCCAUUUGCUCCAGUUUGUCGACCAAGACAAUAAACUCACCGAUCAAUUGACGGUGAGAUUCACCGGCGAGUUGGGCUCAGCUUUGGGUUAUAUGCACGCCAAUGAUGUCGCGCACAACGACUUGCACUACAAAAACAUACUGGUGUUUAGCGCACCGGGCGGUCAGUAUUCGGUCAAAUUGAUCGACUUUGGUCUGAGCAUAUCGCCCGCCAUUUACGGCCAAUUGGGCGUAAAUGUGCCCCAAAGUGAGUUCUAUGAGAAAGUGAGCGGCGAUAUAUACCAACUCAGGACUGUUGUGAAUUAUAUGACGUCCAAUUGCCGCAACAAUCCGGGUAAUGUGGGCGCCGACUUGAGCCAGGUGGAAAGUUUUGCAAACGAGUUGUACACAUUGUAUGAGCCGUUGUUGGAUGUGCUCAAAAGGAAACGCCCCAUAAUCUCUAAUCCAAUUGAACAUGGCCCAAUGUCUUUUCAUAUGUACUCUGAG